CAUCGUUCAUCACCAACUAGCUAGUUAACCGCCUCUCUCUCUCUCGCUCGCUCUUUGCGUUUCUUGAUUUCUUGAUCAGUUUAGCGAUCGAGGCCAUGGCGGCGAAGGUGCACCCCAACUUGGCCGUGCCGUCGCUCCAGCCGCGGAUGGGGAUGGGUGUGAGGGCGGUGGCGGCCGGAGGUGGUGGUGGUGGUGGUGGUGAGGAGGUGGUGCUGACGGUGUGGAGGAAGUCGCUGCUUUUCAACUGCAGGGGGUUCACGGUGUUCGACGCGAGCGGCGACCUGGUGUACCGCGUCGACAGCUACGCGGCGGACUCGCGGGCGGAGGUCGUGCUCAUGGACGCCGCCGGCGUGCCCGUGCUCACCGUCCGCCGCAAGAAGGCGAUCAGCCACCUCGGGCUCGGGGGCGACCAGUGGCUGGUGUACCCCGGGGAGGAGACGCGCCUGCCGCCGCUCUACGCCGUGAAGCGGACGACGCAGUACGUCCGCGGCGGCGGCAACGGCAAGACCAUGGCGCACGUCGCGCCCUGCGGCGUCCGUGGCGGCGCCGGCGGCGGGUACGAGGUUGAAGGCUCGUACCUGCGGCGGCACUGCACGGUGUACGACCAGCAGCGGCGCGCCGUCGUGGCGGAGGUGCAGCCGAAGGAGGCGGUGGGCACGGACGUGUUCCGGCUGGUGGUGCGGCCGGGGAUGGAGGUGUCGGUGGCCAUGGCCGUCGUGGUGGCGCUGGACCAGAUGUUCGGCAAGCCCUCCCUCCUCAGGAGCUGGUCCUCCUAAUUAAUAAUUAGCAGCUUAUUUCAUUUUCUUUUCUUUUCUUUUUUUGCCUUCAAUUUCCAACAUUGUUUGGGCCCGAGAGCAAAAGACAUGCUCUUGGCUGCCUCUUCCUCUCUGAUCCAUAUAUGAACCUCAAAUUGGGUGUCA